ACGCAAAGAAAAAUAAACGUGUCGGCGCUUUUAUUUUGAAGGACAACGGGCCACCGGAAGCCGUCCGCUCCGCCGUGCUGAACCUCGGCGAUGCAGAGCUUCGUCCCCCCCCGGGGCCUCGUGGUAAAACCCCGUUUAAAAAAAAAACCCGUUUCGUGACGCAGCUCGUCGCCUCGAGGAGGAAGAAGACGGAAAGAUGUCCCGAGUCCAGCUGCUGCGGCGCUUCGUGAGCCAGCGGCUCAGCGCGGCCGCGGAGGAGAUCUUCGAGGUGCUCGAGAGAACCAUGGCCGAGUACGAGGAGCGGCUGGAGCUCAGCGAGAAGGAGAACCUCCGGCAGCAGAAGCUGCUGGACGCCGUCUACAACCCGGAAGUCCGGUUACUCAGAGGAGACGUCCAGCAGCUGGUUCCAGAAGAGGUUCCCCCUGAGCAGCAGGAGUGGACCCCCAGUCUGGACCAGGAGGACCAGGAGCCCCCACACAUCAAAGAGGAACAGGAAGAACUCUGGAUCGGUGAGGAGGAGGAGCUCCAAGGGCUGGAGGAGGCCGACGUCAAGUUCCCAUUCGCUGCCGCGAUGAGGGAAGGAGACGAGGAACCGGCUCACGAGGGUUCUCUACGAGCCUCCGAACCCGAGACGGACGUCAGAGGCGACCGUGAGGAGGAAGAAGAGCAGGAGGAGGAGGAGCAGGAGGAGGAGGAGGAGGAGGAGGAGCCUCGGUCGGCUUCGGACCCUCCGACGAACGACGAAGCGCCCGAGACGGAUAUCGAAUGCAGCGCCGGGCAAAUGUCGCCGGGCAAACGUUUCGGCUGCUCCAUCUGCGGAAAGAGAUUCGGCACCGACGCCGGUCUGGGUCAACACAUGAAAACCCACGCGGGGGAGAAACCGUGCGGCUGUUCGGUCUGCGGCGAGCGGUUCUCCCGGAGGUCCUCCUUGACGACGCACAUGAGGAUCCACGUGGACGGGAAACCGUUCAGCUGCCCGGUUUGCAGAACGAGCUUCGGUUCCAGCGGCAGCUUGCAUCAACACAUGAGAACCCACGCCGGGGAGAAACCGUGCAGUUGCAAAGUCUGCGGUCAGCGGUUCUCCCGGAAGUCCUCUUUGAGGACUCACAUGAGGCUCCACUCGGACGGGAACCGGUUCUGUUGCCCGGUUUGCAAGACGAGCUUCGGUUCCAGCAGCAAGCUGGUCAUCCACAUGAGGAUCCACACGGGGGAGCGGCCCUUCAGCUGCGCGGUCUGCAGCAAGAGAUUCGCCAUACACGGGAACCUGAGACGGCACUUGAAAGUUCACACGGGGGAGAAACCGUUUGGUUGUUCGCUCUGUAGCAAGAGAUUCACGCAGAAGGGACACCUGAGGCAACACCUGGCCGUCCACACCGGAGAGAAACCGUUCGCCUGUUCCUUUUGCAGCAAGAGAUUUACCCAGCACAGUAACCUGAGGCGGCACCUGAUGGUCCACACGCACACGGGACAGACCACUUAGCAGACAUGAGGGAUAAACCAGUCAGCAGACUGUCGUAACCAUAGAAACCAGUUGGCUGGCAGUGGUAACCAGAGAGACGACACGCGGGAGAAACCAUUGAGUUGUAGCGUUUAAAAAAGACUUUGUGGAGAAGCAGAAAAAACCUGAAGCUGCAGAGACUGAAGCACCGUGAGCAAGAAUCGAACCCGGACCAGCUCAGAAACCGCCAGACUUAAGGUCACUACGGGGAACUUUAACAUUGUGUUGAAUCUGGCGCCCCCUGUGGACUUAAGUGGUAGUGUCCCUUUAGAAAAGCUCUCAUUCUACUGCAGCAGGGUCUGACAGUCUGGUUCUCAGGUGCCCCUCUUCCCUCCAGCGAGUCCAGCAACACGUCGUGGGUCUCCAGCAGAGUGGUGUAGGCUCCUGGUCUCUGCUGGAUCUGGGUCCUCUAGAGAUGACUCUGCCUUCAAUGUAAAUAGGAAUGUCGUGUUGGGUUCCACGUGACGCCGAAGCUAAUGUUAGAGUUACCAUGGCAACGGGCAGCAUGCCCCUAUAAACCCACGUGAUUCAUGAAUAAAAUGAAAGUUAAUCUCUGAUGACGUGUGAAGUUUGAGUCGUUCUCUUCGGGUUAUUUUCAUGUACUUUUCUGUAAAAACGCGUCAUAUUUAUUUGAGUUCUGUGUACUUUCUGUGUGUAAAGUAACUGAGUCUUAACUAAAGCCGCCAAAUAAAUAAAAGUUUUUAUUUUUAUGCAACUUAAAAUGUCUAUGGAAUCCAUUUAUAUCACUGUACUAUCUUGUGUUUAUUAUUAUAUAAUAUAACUGUAUAAGAAUCUAUAAUUGUAA